CUUGAGCUCCGUUAGGUCUCGUGCGUUAGCGCUCACUCACAAACUCCUGAGCAAACCUCAAACUGCAGUGGACACUAGAAACUACAGAGAACCUACAAGCUACAGAAAACACUCCACACUCCAGCGCGCGCGGUUUUACUGCGGGACCCCUCGCGACUCCCGCCUCUGUCUGCCCGGCUGCGUGUAGAAGCUGCUUAGAGGUCAGUGACUGCAGUUUGUGCAGGCUGUGAGGGAGACAGACUGAGCGCUGUGUGGAGAUGUGGCGGGGUCAGUGUCUGUGUAUGUAUGUAUGCAUGGGUGAUGCUACUGGACAUGCAUAAUCCAUGGCUUGUACUGUGAGCGUGCCACAGAUGGAUGCAGGGUGCUGAGUGACGGGACACUAAGUGGAUUGGAAGAGUCUCACAGAGUGACAGAGGAACAGAGACAAAAGAGAGAGAGAGAGGAAGAGAGAGAGACAGAAUAAUCUGGCUAAUCCAGGACAGGCCAAUCCCGACGGAACGCUUGUCUCACGUCCGCUGCGAGACACAGCGGCAGGGAUUACGGCUGGGGAAAAACACGCACACACCCACACAGACACAGUGGGACUCCACACACACUCACUCACUCACUCACUCACACACACUCACUCACUCACACACUUUGAGGCCUGAAGCCUGAAGAACGUUUUGCUGAAACAACAAGGACUGGAGAAAGUCGGCAGGACAUCCUGUGGACUGCUAGGGGAUGAAACCUCCAGAAGGAAAAAGAGAUAUUUCUUUUGGCUGCUAGAGAAGGAGGACAAAAUAAGUGCUGGAGAGCGCUGCACUUACGCAUUACAGCGUUCAAUCCUGGUUAGUUUGCUUUGUGGAAAACUUUCAUGUCUAAAGUUUCAUGCCUAAAGAGUCUGGUCAGGUCAUUGCAACAGAAAUAAGCCAGUAGUGGUGUAUGCGUGAGGCUGUGCUUUAAUAGUGCUGUAAUGUGUAUGCUUCUUUGACUUUAGUUAAACAUACUGGAGCUCUUUAUCAAUGGAUUUAAAAUAACCCGUAAACUCCUACAAAGGGCCUAACUAUAAAGUUACAUAUCAUUGCUCAUGUCAAAGCCUUAUAUCUCCAUUUCUUUACUUCUGCAAUUUAAGAAAAGUAGCCAGCUGCUCUUGACAUUGUGUGAAUAAUUCGCGAUGGAUGGAUCAAUAGAAACGCCCUAAAACGUACGAGAUUGUGUUAUUACAGAUGCGAGGUUGUGUUAUUACAGAUGCGAUAUUAGUUUCUUAGUAGUUCCUAAGUAGUUUAUACUUAAUAGUUUAUAUGUAGUUAUGCCUGAAUAAUAUGUGUUAAGAUUAUUAACGGAAUAAUAAGUCUACAGUUUAAGGGGUUAAUGGCUGGAUGUAGGUGUUUUAUGGAAGCUGAUGGAACGUAGUCAUUGUGAAUGCUUCUAGAGAGAGGAAAAGAGAUAGGAAUAGAAAAAGGACUGGUUAGCACUCAGGCUGGGAGGAGGUGUUUAAAACCCACUGAAAUCCUAUUAAACUUCAUUAACAGGGUUAUUUAUAAUCUUUGAGUGAGUGUAGAGGUGCAGGUCGGGGCACGACCCAAAGCACCUUACUGUCCACUGCUCUGGGGGGGAAAUAUAACCCAGCAGCCUACAAACCCAAAACCCAAAACCACAGCUGUGCAUAGGAUAUUUGGUUUUUGUCAACAACAGUCAGAAAGAUGAUGCAGAUUUCUGAUUCCAGACAUCUUGAUGAUGGAGUAAGUGAAGGUAAUAGUAGUAUGUUAUAACAGUUGGAAUCUGAAGUACAUUUCCCAAAGCAGUUCCAGCCCAGCCCUUGUCUGUGCUGCACUGUACUCAAUUUUGCAAGGUAGUUCCCUGAUUGGUCUGUUCCAGUCCACUUAUUGAGGACCUUGCUGAGUAGCUGCUGAUUGGUCAGUCUUUGUGCGGUAAAUUGCUGAUUGUUGGCCUCCGCACUUUUCUAAUUGGUUUUUCUAAUUGGUCAGUCUUUUUGUGAACACAGUCUUUGUUAGACACAGUCUAGUCAGUGAAAGAGUAGCUUAUUGAUGAUGGAGUCACUUUAAGCAUAGAUCUUUUUUCAAGUCUAACAGUGUAUUAAUAAUUGGAGAUAGCAGGUGUUAAAGUCUGGUGCAGAGAUUCAGCCUUUUAUGCAAGAAAAUAAAGCUUCUGUACAGGUUUGCUAGCACACAUCUGAGCUUGGGAGGGUUCCUGACAGCAGUUGAACUUGCUGAAUUCUCCACCCAGAGUUUCCUUAGACGACUGGAUGUUAAAACCAGAUUGAGUAAAGACCGCUAUAUCUCAAAAACACACCAAACCUCUGCACAUACACACACACACACACACUCUAUGGACUACAGUUGGCUUCUUUAAGCAUCUAUGGUUCUAGAGAAAGUAGGCAGUAUUGCUCUGUGAAGACAAGAUCGUUUUACUAAAGGAGCAGUGUUACAGAGACUUUGCAUACUUUUUGGCAUGUUUCGUGCAACUUUGCUUUGACCUUGUAUCAGGAGGAACGAAUAGCUAUCUGCUGCUCAUUUGUUUUUGUUGACUUUCUCUUGGAAUUAAAAGGAUUUCAUUUGGAUAUUUUCAAAGCCACAUCUUAAAGGGAUCUUAUUUUCAGAAGACUGACAGACUUUUCAGGAAUCUCCUUAUAUCUGGAUUAACGAAUCACAAAAAACAAACCUAUUGCUCUUUUUAUUUACUCACUCUGGGAUUUAAAGGAUUUUGAUUGGACCUUGCAGAUUUAGGCCUGAAAGGGAUUUUACUUUCUGUCACCAUGAGUCUGGCCAAGCUUCCAGGAUUUAAAGGCCUUGUGUCGACAUCCCAAAGCAGGCGGCGCAUUAAGACCGAACUUUCGGCCGAGAUGAUUAGCCUGCCACUGGGGGACUUCCGCCACACCAUGCAUGUGGGCCGUGGAGGCGACGUUUUUGGAGACACAUCAUUCCUCAGUGAGCACGGAGGCCAGGGAAGCACCCCGGAGAGUCCCGACUCCAAACCAGUGAGGUUUUUCUCCCGCACUCUGCGCCAUGUCAGGAGGAACCCCCAGCACAGGCUUAGGACAGACUCCCGAGAACUCUCAUCUCCACCCCCACCCAUCUCACCCAUCAUAAAAAAUGCCAUCUCACUGCCCCAGCUCAAUCUGACCAAUGGAGGCCUGGAAGGGCCAGUGCUCCCCACCUCCACCAGCUGCCUGGAACAACCACUUUACUCCUACGGUGUCCAGUCAGGUUUCGUCACGCUGCCUCGUCUGUCGCGUCUCGACAGGAACUCAACAGAAUCACCUCCGCUUCAGCCUCAGCAGCGGCGUGGCUCAGAUCCAGACCCUUUCCCCACGCUCCAACGCUCCGACUCACUCACCUCCUUUACCGUGGACCUCGGACCCUCCCUCAUGACUGAACUGCUGGGCCUCAUUAACAGCUCUAGUGACUUCCAGGGGGUACAACAGGACCUGGAGGAUGAAGAGGAAGAGGAGGAGCCAAGCUCAUUGUUUGAGAUGGCAGUGGAGAGUCCGUGUGUGAGCAGCAGGGGGUGCUCUAGCAGCCCAGACUGGACCCAGCAGGACACUGAAACAGGUGAGAAUGGGGACGUUAUUAAACAGGUGACGCCGGAUGCUUCCAUGUGGUCCCCGGUGAGAGUGGAGCCGACUAUGGAGGCCGAAAGGUUCCAGCAGGCAGCCGACAUACUGGCACGCCAUUACGGAGGGUCUGGAGUUAUAAAGGGACGACGGAAGGCACCGCACGCUUUCCCUGAGGAGGAAGAGGAGAUCAAAGUAUGAACAUGGAGGGAAAGACAUUACAGAUAUGUUAAUGUAGACAAUACACUAAAGCAAUAGUUAAGCAAAAAGUGUAAUUUACACAUUUUCUCCCUUAUCCCAAUUAAAGUUGACCAGCCAAGACAUGUUUGGUGUCUUAAGUUUGCUUCUUUAGUUUUGCACUGGAACCACGAGGCUAAUGUAGCUAACAAAUAAUAGAUAGUUUUACAUCAUCAAUUAGCAUUAUGCAAAUUGCAUGCCUAAAUCAUCACACAUUUGCCUUAGUUACAAAAGUACAGACAAAAUUGAGGCUUCAAGAAUACUGCUACACUGUUUUCAGCUAUGCAGUGGCCUUUUUUAUGAAUAGUUGUUCUUGUUAGCCUACAUUAGCUUAUAUUAGCCUAGAUUCAAUGUGAAACUAAAGAGGCAAACGUCAGACACCAAAUAUGUCUUGGCUCAUGAAUUACAUUUAGAGUAAGAGGAAAACUCUUCUUCUUUUUUUUUUGCAUAACUGGGAAAAUUAUGCAGUUUUGUUUAUUAUUUUUUGUCUUUCAUUUAAACCCUGAAAAAACUGUAGUACAUCAGAGAGCACUACUGACUCUGUUGUUAUUUAGUCUUUUUAUACUACAUGCAUUUUUCAAAUACAAGGAAAGUAGUGGAAGAUAAUGUUAAAAAACACAGCUUUUAUACAGGCAUAAUUUCCAGAUAAAAUAAUAAGAUAGACACUAGAUCUUUUGACUUAAACUUCUCAAUGUGUUCUUUUAAACAUUAAACUUCUUCAAGCACUACAGCCAAAAACAUUUAUAUCUUCAGAACCUCCUUGUGUAAUGAGCGCCUCCUAGUGCAAGUUCAUAGUCCUGCUUAUCCACACACUAUACACAGUGAGUAGUGUGGUAAUGAAAACCUUUAGCUGACAGCUUCAGCAGUGUUCAAUCUUCAGUUUUGUAUGUAUCCUCUCAGCUGCAGUUUAAUGUAAACUUUCUGUGCUGGUUUCUGUAGCAUUCAUUUAUAUAUUGUUCUUUGUUCUUAGAACUUAUGGCUCAAAAAUGUCAGUAUGUAAGAGUUUAAGUGUCACUCAUGUAAAUAAUUCAAUAAAAAGGUAAUUUUUUUUUAAAUACUG